AUGUUUACAUACCUCCAACACUUCGCUAUCCUGGUGCUCGGAGUUAGAUUGGUCACGAGUCAAGCUAUUGCAGCUGCAGCGACACAGUCGACCGGAUGGAAUGCGAGUUUCGAGCUCAGCCCGAAGCAGCUCGAAUUGGCCAACCUGACAAGCGACCAGGGCGCCAUCAUCAACACUAUCACCAAUUUUGACCGGUCUCAGCUUGCCAAUGGUGGAGCCCAUGAGGAUGACUUCUACAAUGUCCGGGGCCUGCCCAGGGACCAAUGGCCCACAGAGCCUGGGAAGACAAUCAAGCUCCAGGAGUUCACAGAUCCUUCACCGUUCUCCAUCCCGGCAAAGACGGCCAUGUCCCGUAUCAUCUAUAGCACGACAAAUGCAAAUGGUACUCUGAUCCCUGCUUCCGCCUAUAUCCUUUGGCCAUUCCAGCCAAAAGUUCUCCGACAACGCAAAAACCACAACAACUCUGGGUUAUCAUCCGCGCCCGUUGUGCUAUGGACACAUGGAACCUCGGGCUUCUACGCCAAUGGAGCUCCCUCGACACACCGUGGCCUUUUCUACGCGGACAUUGUGCCUUUUGCGCUGGCCGAGGCUGGAUACGCUGUUGUUGCCCCAGACUAUGCCGGACUCGGCGUGGACGUCUCGUGGGAUGGAAGUCACGUUCCGCACCAGUACUUUGUUCGCGAAGCUGGUGCUCACGACGCUCUGAACGCUUUGAGAGCAGCGCGGGAGUCCUUUCCCAGCCACCUUUCCAGCGAAUAUGUUGUCAUGGGCCACAGCCAAGGCGGCGCGGUUGCCUGGGGCCUGUCUGAAAUUCUCGCGCGGAACGAUAGCAAUAACAAGUUUGAGGAUAUUGGGCAGGGUUAUCGCGGUGCGGUUCUCGCUGCUCCGCCAACUGAUGCGCUAUCGUUUACCUCUGCAGGUUUCCUAGCGUGGAUUGCGAAGGAUCUGAGCCAGAUUUACCCGUCUUUCAACCUGAGCGACUGGUUCACGCCUCUUGGCGUGAGUAGAAUAGAACUCCUGAAUCAGAUUGAAGGAUCCCAAAUGGUCACAUUUGCCAUGUUCAGUCCUGAAGAGGCGAUCUUGCAGCCUGGUUGGCACGAGACUUGGUACGCCAAAGCUUUCAAGCAACUCACGAACCCUGGAAAGCGGCCCUUCAAAGGACCAAUUCUUCUCGUGCAGGGAACAGAAGACCCAAUAGUGCCAUAUGACUCGACAAAGGCUACAAUGCAAGAGACAUGCAAGAGCUACCCGGGGGAUAUGGAACUUUUGGCUGUACCCCAGGCAAGUCAUUUCGCCGCCAUCAACGCGGCGAAGCAGACCUUGUUGCGGUGGAUUGAGGAUCGAUUCGAGCACCGACCUGUGGACAGGCGUGGUUGUGUCGAGUCCCAGUUGGGUAGCCUGUUGCCUCUUGAGUACUAUCAGGUGCGUUCAAAUUCUUUCCCGCUAUGGGCUGGGGAGUCACAUUGGUCUUAUGAAUUACCGACUGCAUUGUGA